GGUGUAAUGGAAGUGAAAAUUUUGAAUUGAUGGAAGGGCUUCCAUUGCAAGCUCACUCCAAUUACUUCAUGUACUCUCUGCCCUCUUCGAAGCUCAAACCCAAACUUCACCAUUUCAGAUUUCUUUGUUCUUCUUCUUUUUCUUCACUUCCUUCUCCUGAAAUCUCUACUACAUCUUCUUCUUCCCUUCGGAAAGAUAGCAGCGGCAAAGCUAAAUUGGCAAUCGCCCACGCUCAACUCAAGGACAACUGGUUGGCUUCUCUUUCCUGUCCUUUUCCCCUAGGUCACGAUUUCUCCUCCAAUGCUUCCUCACGUGACCGAAAUGCGGCUUCCGAAUGCGUUAUUGGCGUCGAUCCCGAUGUUUCUGGUGCUGUGGCGCUCUUGAGAACCGAUGAAUCCAUUUCUUCGGCUCAGGUGUAUGAUUCUCCUCACGUGCAAGUACUAGUUGGUGGAAGGAGACGGAAACGGUUAGAUGCUAAGUCAAUUGUCCAACUUCUUCACAGCUUUAAUGCUCCCAUUGGAACUACUGCAUAUCUGGAGCAGUCAAAUCCAUUUCCAAAAGAUGGAAAACAGGGGUGGUGGGGUGGAGGAUUUGGCUAUGGAUUGUGGAUUGGCGUAUUAGUUGGGCUAGGAUUUUCUGUUGUUCCUGUGCCACCCCUUGCGUGGAAAAACAAAUUUGAGCUAUCGGGAAAGGAUACUUCUAAGGAUGACAGCCGGAGGAUUGCAUCCGAAUUAUUUCCGUCUCUAAGCCCACUCUUGAAAAGGAAAAAAGAUCACGGGAGGGCUGACGCUUUACUCAUUGCUGCUUAUGGAAAAGGCUUGAAAUUGAAUUCAGAAACACCAUCAUCGCCUUAGAGGAGUCGGUAGCUUCAUAGGAAUGGCAGAUUGUCCUGACUUUAUUCUUUCGAUGAAUUCAGGUUCAGGUUUGGCAUUGAUUUAGAAUGAGUGCAAAGUGAUGUAUGAGAGUGAUCUUCCUCAUUUGAUGAGUUCAUUUGCUUUUGAUUAUUUUGAUUAAGGUUUAACCAUUCAUUCAUCUUGCUAAAUUAGAAAUGAGCCUUGUAGCAGUAGUAACUCAGUAACCAAUUGAAAUUGUUGUAGAUUAGAAUCUUUUAUGUUAUUAGAGAUUGACAUAAUUUAACUAUGUAUGCAGAGAACGAUCUUGGACGGGUAGUGUUAGUCACCA